CAGCUGAUUGCGUCACAUUCUCUGACCUCAAUUUUCGGGGUAUUUUUUUCUUAGCGAGACAGCGGCUGGCGGCGCCAUAUUGAAAGACGAAAAUUGUUUUAUUAAACGCCUAAAACGCCACAUUUGACGACAUGCUGUACUUGGAGGACUAUCUCGAAAUGAUCGAGCAGCUACCCAUGGAUCUCCGCGACAGGUUUACGGAAAUGAGGGAGAUGGACCUGCAAGUUCAAAAUGCCACAGACCAGCUGGAGCAGAAGGUGAUUGAGUUCUUUGUCAACGCUAAGAAGAACAAGCCAGAGUGGAGGGAAGAGCAGAUGGAGGUUAUCAAAAAGGACUACUACAAGGCUUUGGAGGAUGCAGAUGAGAAAGUUCAGCUGGCCAAUCAGAUUUAUGACCUGGUGGACCGCCACCUACGGAAGCUGGACCAGGAGCUGGCCAAGUUUAAGAUGGAGCUGGAGGCCGAUAAUGCUGGCAUCACUGAGAUCUUGGAAAGACGAUCUCUGGAGAUGGACAGUCCCUCUCAGCCAGUCAACAACCACCAUGUACACUCACACACCACAGCCGAGAAGAGGAAAUACAGCGCACCAACACACCACACUACAGAGCAUGUCCCAGAGAAGAAGUUCAAGUCAGAAGCCCUGCUGUCCACCCUCACAUCAGACGCCUCUAAAGAGAACACGCCAGGCUGCCGGACCAACAGCACAUCAGCGUCCACCAACAAUGUCUACAGUGUCAAUUCCUCUCAGCCACUGGCGUCCUACAACCUCAGCUCACUGCCUGCGGGGCCUGGGGCCGGAGCUGGGGCCAUCACUAUGGCUGCUGCACAGGCUGUACAGGCCACUGCACAGAUGAAGGAGGGGAGGAGGACAUCCAGUCUGAAGGCCAGCUACGAGGCCAUCAAGAACAAUGACUUCCAGCUGGGGAGGGAGUUCUCUCUGUCCCGGGACUCAACAGGCUAUUCCUCCUCUGCCUUGGCCUCAACUCUUACCCAGACCCUCACCCCCACUGCUGCCUCUGACUCCAGGGGACGCAAGUCCAAAAGCGGUAUCAAGUCUUCCAACCACCAGUCAUCUUCAUCAUCAUCCUCUUCAUCACUGUCAUCAUGCUCUUCGUCUUCGGCGCUCGCUCAGGAGCUAUCCCAGCAGGCCUCAGUGUUGCCUGAGGCCGAGGCCAAUAGCCAGGUGGACUGGACCUACGACCCCAAUGAGCCCCGCUACUGCAUCUGUAACCAGGUUUCUUAUGGAGAAAUGGUUGGCUGUGAUAAUACAGAUUGUCCAAUCGAGUGGUUCCACUAUGGCUGUGUUGGCCUGACAGAAGCCCCCAAGGGGAAGUGGUACUGCCCCCAGUGUACAGCCGCCAUGAAGAGGAGAGGCAGCAGGCACAAAUAGAGCCCCUGAUUGUGCCUGGUUAUCCUUUAACCCUGACACUAGUGCUCGUCCAGCACCCCCACCCUCUCUCCCCCAGCCACAGCACCCCAUCCCACCCCAAACACACACUUCAUCUGUCUGUCUGACCACUCUCUCUGAUUGUACAGGUCAGAGGUCGCCUAUAGGGUCACUCCUGGUGGCUGCUUGGAGAGGCAGUUGUUUUAAGUAAGGUUUGACCAAAAUGGGUUUUUGAAUGCUGAUCUUGAUGGUUUUGAAACUGAAAAAAGCAGAUGCUUAUUCCAAUACUGGUAUUAAAUAUUUGGACACCCAAAAAGUGUCAUAUAUUUAAUGUUUCCCUCAGAAUUGUAUUCUUCUCAGGGUUGAAAUGCCUCUGAAACAGCAUUUAUACCACGGGGCUCCAAACGUGUCCUGAAAUCCAGGAUGAUGAUAACAAACACACUGUUGUACUUAAUGUGGAAUCAGAUGAAAGUGUCUGAUUGUAAUCAAUUUAGAUUAAGAGCUUCCAAUAGACACAUGUAGUAAUAAUAAUAAAUUCUUCAAGAAAGAUGUAAUCAAAUUGCAUUAUAUCCUUCAUAUGAUAUCUACUGUCAACUGAUUGCUUAUCCAGUUUUUAAUAAAUGCCCCGUGUUGGAGUUGUCAUCUCCAAACCAAGCAUACCUGUAGGGGCCACACAGAGCUCACCUGUCUGUCUGACUGACUGACUCAUAGGUCAGAGGUCAGCAUGUUGGAGUCACAUGAUUAUUUAUAUAUAGUGGCUGCUUUGAGGAGGCAGCAGUUAAGCAACCCGUUUUGGUGAAAGCUUCCUGAGGCCUCAUCCUUCGCUCCCUCCAUCCCUCCCUCUCCCCUUACAUUCACACAUUCCUCCCCACUUCCCUUGCUACUCGGUCCCACAAAACUUGCAAAGUAAGUGCUGGUUACAAGAAGCACCUGCUGGGAGAAUGAAAACACAAACUGGGAAGCGUAAACCAGUGAGUGUUAAUCGGACUACAACAACCCAACCAACCCCUCCCCGUGUCUUGAUUGGAAGUCAAAUAUGAUGAAAUGUGACUCUGACUUUAAAGAGGUGUUUAUGUUAGCAGUUCUGACUGAGAUGUGUGAACAGGCUGGUAUCUGAUGUUAGUUACUGUUGUUGCUUAAUGCGGCUGCGGCUUCCCCACACUCUCCUGAAAAAGGUUUUCAGAAUGUAAAGUAAAAGAACAAGGUUGUUAUUGAAGCCUGUGUGUAUGCAUGUGUGUGUAACCAUGAGUGGGUGUAAGUGCUGUAUGCUCCUGUGUGUGUGUCUGUGUGUAUGUGUGUGCGCGUAUGUCACUAGUCAUUCUGCACUGAUGGUAUGUAAGUUUCCAGAGAUGUUGAAAAAGUCCAAUAAAAUGAUCAAGUUGUUUUGGUA